AUGUUUUCCUCGGCGCUCAAGUCUUUCGGCUCUAAUAUAUCAGCAAAUUAUCAAAUUUCAUCACAUCCAAGCGUGUGCUCCGGUCCGUGGAAAGUUCAUGAUGCAAAGAAGAAAUCCACCGACACGGCUGCGUCGGUCUUCAUCUUCGAGCGGAAAUUCCUCGAACCGCGCUCGGGUGGACUUGGUGGCCGCUCUGGCUCAUCGGCGAAAAAAUUGCAAGAUGAGGUUGUUGAACGACUCAAGAGAGAAGCGGGCAAUCUAGCACGCCUUAGGCACCCAUCUAUCCUGCAGGUUCUCGAGCCCGUGGAGGACACGCGCGGCGGUGGUCUUAUGUUUGUGACGGAGCCUAUUACAGCCUCGCUGGCCGGUUUGUUGCAAGGGAAAGACCAGCAAGAAGGCUCGCGAGCAAGUCGUCACACCACCGAGGAUUCCAGUCGGAGACGAGCCGAAAAUGACUUUGAAAUCGAUGAGCUUGAAAUCCAAAAGGGUCUUUUGCAGAUUGCAAAGGGCCUUGAGUUCCUCCACGAGUCAGCCGGGCUCGUUCAUGGAAAUCUCAACCCCGAAGCCAUUUAUAUCAAUGCCAAAUCAGACUGGAAGAUAUCCGGGCUUGGAUUUGCCGGUCCCGCCGCCGGAUCAGAGACUCGGUCGACUCUUCCUCCUUUAGCCUUGUCUGAAGUUUUUUAUCAAGACCCACGACUCCCUCAGGCUGUGCAACUGAACCUCAAUUAUACUUCACCAGACUUCGUUAUGGACUCGAACGUGACGCCUAGUGCAGAUCUAUUCUCUCUCGGGCUGAUUAUUAUAGCUCUGUACAAUUACCCUCAUGCGUCUCCGCUGCAAGCGCAUUCGAAUGUCAACACGUAUAAAAAGUUGCUCAGCUCCCCCGCCACCACUCCGUCGCAGGGCAAUUCAUAUCUUUCAUCACGGCCCCUGCCUAAAGACGUCAUUUCACACGUACUACCUCGAUUAAUCACCAGACGACCGGCGCAGCGUAUGAGUGCCCGAGAAUUCCAGCAAUCGCAGUACUUUGACAAUGUGCUUGUUUCUACGAUACGCUUUUUGGAGUCUUUGCCGGCGAAGAACCCCAGUGAAAAAUCUCAAUUUAUGCGCGGCCUCCAGCGAGUGAUCCCCGAGUUUCCAGCGUCUGUGCUGGAAAGAAAGAUCUUGGGGGUCUUACUCGAAGAGACAAAGGAUCGUGAGCUACUGUCUCUCAUCUUACAGAAUGUGUUCUUGAUUCUGCAAAAAAUCCCUAACGGACGACGGGUUUUCCCUGAACGAAUCAUUCCUUGUCUAAAAGAGGCUUUUAUACAUGAUCAACGCACACCAGCGGCCCAAGAGCGAGAUUCAAAAAAGGAUGCUGGCCUUAUGGUUGUGCUUGAUAAUGUGGGUGUUAUGGCAGAUAACUGCUCGGGUAACGAGUUUAGGGACGAUAUCUUACCAUUCAUCCGCUUGGGACUCGACUCACCUGUACAUUCUCUUGUGGACGCUGCACUGAAGAGCCUUCCUUCGAUAUUGCCAGUUCUUGAUUUUAUAACUGUGAAAAAUGAAGUUUUCCCUCCGAUAGCGUCGACUUUCAGCAAAACUAGCAGUCUUGCAAUCAAGGUCCGCAGCCUAGAAGCCUUUGCUGUGCUUUGUGGGGGAACAGCAGAGAAAGCAGAUCUUGAAGAUGACCUGACUGGUAUAGUGAAAGAGAACAAACCUGCCUCUAAAUCAUCCAUCUUGGAUAAAUAUACUGUCCAGGAGAAGCUCGUCCCUUCCUUGAAAGCUAUCAAGACAAAGGAACCAGCGGUCAUGAUGGCUGCCCUGAAAGUGUUUACUCAAGUUGGCGCUCUCGCAGACACCGAUUUUCUUGCACUGGAAGUUCUCCCCAUUCUCUGGAGCUUUAGUCUCGGGCCCCUUCUAAAUAUCCAGCAAUUUGGAGAGUUCAUGAGUCUGAUCAAGUCGCUCUCAGCCAAGAUUGAACGGGAACAGAUUAGGAAACUGCAGGAGCUUUCUUCUACAGGAAGCUCCUCUGGCUUCCGGCAUGGCGCAGAAAACAACAUGAAAAAUAUGAAUAAAUCUGCCCAGCUCGACAGUGACGGAGCAAGAGAUAAUUUUGAACGCCUUGUUCUUGGUCGAGACACUGCAACAAGUAACGGGCAAGAAACCGAUCAAUGGGCAACCCUUGAUUCGAGUACAGCAGCUACACAGAAAUCAACUCAGCCAUCAUCGCCCUCGUUUACCUGGACAUCUCAAACAAACGCACCGGUAAACAGAAUCAGCUCGCCGGAAAGGCGAGACGUUUCUUCGGUACAAGCCAACUCCAACUUCCGUUCCAUCACACCGGACUACCAUAUGGGCUCCUUCCCGUCUCUCGAGCCUGCAUCAGCACAAAAAUCUUCACUAACCUCGCCGUUCCCCGCCUUACAGCCAUCUACUUCCAUAUGGAACUCUUCCAAGCCAAUAGGUCAUCAGGUUCCUUCUCCAGGACCCGCGUCCAACCAAUCUCUCUCGAGCUUGGCUAGCAUGCAAAGCAUGCAACCCUCUAUACCACCCAUGACCACGCAAAGCUCAAAUUAUUCUGCGUUUUCUAUUCCUCCGCCUCCGUCUUCAGGAUCCACGUCCAGCUGGACCGGAAAUCUUGCCAAUACGAAUAUGGCUAGCCUCGGUGGCUCUUUUGGAGGAAAGCCUGCUAUGAAUACUAUCCAGCCGUCCCAAUUCCAGCCACCGGCCUCCCAGAAAACAGGGUUGGACAAAUAUGAGAGCUUAUUAUAG